AUGUUGUACUUCAGGGACGAGUUCCACUGCAAGACCUGUAGGAGUUUCAAGAUCAUGAUGACGAUGGUGUCAUCCGUAUUUGUUCUUUCCCGCGAAGACAUGAACGCUGGAUACAGACCAUGGAUCUUCGACUGGGACAGCGAUAUGGGCAGCCAGAAAGUCUUUUCCAAGGGUGAUAUGUGGAUGACUUUUUCGAAAUCGAGGAUAUGCUCGUCGACGAGCAGCGCAACACUAGACAAUGGUCUGAACAAGUCAUUGAAAAAGAAUCAAACCUGCUCGUGCCGCGGUAGAGAAGAGGGAGGGCUCAGUCCUCCAACGCCAGGCCGGUGGCGGCCGCAGAUCCAUCAGGCUGCUGACAUUGGACUGGCGGGGAAUCGGGAAGAGGAAAGGCAGAGAUUGGGGGGUGCAACCGAGUGCACUUGCAAUGACUUAUCCACCCAACCAACCAUCGAGUCCACAGGCCAGUCAUCCAUCAUCCAUGCUGCAACGCAAGGCAAGCUGCUUAUUGUACUAUGGGAACGGACCAUGGAGGAGGCUAGAUGUGAGUAG